UGUAUCUAUCUAUCAUUUUAACUAGACACAUAAUGAGUGACAGACUCGCGCGCUACAAGUCUUCUAUUUUUCUAGAGAUAAUCUUAAAUACUUUUUUCAUUAUCACGGAUUUCAGUAGAAUAUUUGCUUAGAGAAAGAGAGUCAAGCAAUUCGGUUCGGUGUGUAUAAGAGAAGUUCAGUGCGUCUUUAUCUCUAUGCUAUUUCGAGUAAACGGAAAAAAAUAUUGAUAAAGAUAUUGAAAAUUGCCAAAAAACACAGAGUGAGUGAAAAAAAGAAGAAAUUAUGUGCAAGAUUUUACCGCUGUCACUGUGUUGAAUAUCAGUUAACUUUUUAACAAUCAUCGCAGUACCGAAAAUGUCUCAAACGGGUAAGGAUUGUGCGAAUUUUUUGUGCGUUUUGUGUACUCGACGAAGUAAUUGAAGCCGCAAUUUCGGUCAAACUUUAUAAAGUACUUUAAAAUAUAAAUAAAAACAAGAAUUCUCAGAGUCCUUAAAAUUUGGAAAAUAACAUAAAAUAAAUUUUAUAAAAUUAUCGUAUAAUAUCGGUGCUGAACAGAAUAUCGUGAAUGGGUCUUCUUCUCCAAUUUGUAAUUAACAAACGAGAAUUAUUAGUGAUUUUUCCGACAUAAUCCAAGCAAACCUCAAGUGCCACCUUCUUGCUGUUAUGUUCACGUAACAGCCAACAAGUUAUUAUUUUAAAUGAUGAAGCGCAAAUCUUGUUGUUAAAUUAUUUCAGUUGUUAUUUUGUCUUUUUGAAACUUAAUUUAUUUCUCUUAUUUAUCGACAUCGUUUAAUUAAGGGUAUAUGCGUGAUUUAAAAUAUUCUAUUUUAUGUGCGUGAGUGUAGCAGUGAAAACCUAAUUUAAUCUGGCAAAACCGAAUCUUUUUGAAAUGCUCAAAAUGAAAAGUGAGAUUUUUGCAACUGAAUCAUUUGAUGAGCAUUUCUAUUUGAUAAAUAGUUCAAUUGGACAUUUUGAGGAAAAUCUUUUGCAAAUGCUAGAUUCUGAUACUCAGUUGCUUAAUUCCGGACAUACGGCUACGAGCCCAUUUGAACAGAAUUUAAGCCCGACCUUAAGCUCGGGAAGUAGCAGCAAUAAUAACAAUAAUUUUAGUUGUAAUAAUAAUACACAAACGUUGACAGUUUGUGCAAUAUGUGGUGAUAGGGCAACUGGUAAACAUUAUGGUGCUUCAAGCUGUGAUGGCUGUAAAGGGUUCUUUCGUAGGAGCGUAAGAAAAAAUCAUAUAUACACAUGCAGAUUUUCAAGAAAUUGUGUAGUCGAUAAAGAUAAACGUAAUCAAUGUCGAUAUUGUCGACUAAGAAAAUGCUUCAAAGCUGGAAUGAAAAAAGAAGCGGUUCAAAAUGAACGAGAUCGCAUUAGCUGUCGACGUACCAGCAACGAAGAUCCUGAUCCGGGCAAUGGACUAUCUGUGAUAUCAUUGUUUAAGGCUGAAAUGGAAAGUCGUCAGUCAAAAGCCGGUGCAAUAAUGGAGAUGGGUGUUAACGAUGACAAUAUGGCAAAUAAGCAAUAUGCUAGCAUCAAUGAUGUUUGCGAUUCAAUGAAACAGCAAUUGCUCACCUUAGUUGAAUGGGCUAAACAUAUACCAGCCUUCAAUGAAUUACAGUUAGAUGAUCAGGUGGCACUAUUACGAGCCCAUGCUGGGGAACACUUAUUGUUAGGACUGUCGAGAAGAUCAAUGAAUUUAAAAGAUGUCUUGUUGCUGAGUAAUAAUUGCAUUAUCACAAAGCACUGCCCAGUAGAUUCGCCGCUAUCGCCAAAUUUAGACAUAUCAAGGAUUGGUGCCCGCAUUAUUGACGAGUUGGUUUUCGCUAUGAAAGAUAUUAACAUUGAUGACACCGAGUUAGCAUGUAUAAAAGCGCUAGUGUUUUUCGAUCCAAACGCCAAAGGACUAAAUGAACCACAACGAAUUAAGGGGCUUAGGCAUCAAAUUCUGAAUAAUUUGGAAGAUUAUGUAUCUGAUCGUCAAUAUGAAUCUAGGGGUCGAUUCGGUGAAAUUCUUCUUAUUCUUCCUGUUCUACAAUCGAUUACUUGGCAAAUGAUUGAACAGAUUCAGUUUGCAAAAAUUUUUGGUGUUGCCCACAUUGAUUCGUUAUUGCAAGAAAUGUUGCUCGGUGGAGAGCUUGCCGAUAAUUCUUCACCGCUAUCACCACCGCUCAUAAAUAAUUACAGUCCCACUCAAGCUAUGGAUCAAAAUCAAGUCAGUUCCACUUUAGAUCCUAUGUCGCCCACAAGUUCGGACCAAAUGAGCAGUGAACCAAUGUCAACGUGCAUGGAUCCUUCACUUGAUGUUCCCCUGAUGCCACCUAUAAUGGACCCAUUGGUCGCUUCCAACAACUACAAUCGAUCAAGGCAGCAGCAAAUGAAUUCAAUUAGCAAUGAUGGUGUUAACCAUCCCGGUGGCAAUGCAAGCAACGCAAUAAAUGACCCCUCCUCGAUUGGUCAAAGUUUCAUUGACGCCGACGAUCUCUAUCAUCGAAGUGCAGGCUAUCAUCGCCACGAUGGGAUAAUGCCACAGAAUAAUGUAAUGCCUCCGCACCAUAAAGACAAUCUGAGAAAUCCAGAUGAAAUGACAUUGAAUGAAUACAACCGAACUAGUGCUGAAAAUAGUAACGCACUCCGAAGGAUCCCACACAAAAUUGAUUCUGAGCCAACACCUUCGGGUGGAUUUAUGAUGGGAGCUACAGAUAUGGAUAGUUAUAGAUUAGCACUUAAACAGGAGCCGGAAAGUGGUUAUUAGGAUAUUAAGUUAUUUUUUGUUAGGUGUGUAGGAUAUUAAUCGUAAUCAGAAAGGUAAUGCUUUUUAUUUCGUAUGCGAAUUAUGUUCGUAACUAAUUAAGUGAACAGCUAUACCUUAGAAAACCAAUGCAAGAUUAUAUUAUCUUCGCACAAUGUUAAUAGAAAUGCAGUAUCUAAGAAAUCUAUACAUAUAAAAACAUAAUAUAGACAAGAAAUUUAAAUGUGGUAAAUUGGCCAAUUAAUAAGAUGCUGCGAUUGCUGCUGAUUAAAAAAGAAACGCAUUCUAUCAACUAAAUUGGUUUACGUUACGAAGUGCCUUUAAUAGCUGCAAUGAUGCAUGUUGAAAAUAUUAAACCAAGCUUUUGCCUGGACAUUUUAAAACCUUAGAAAAAUGCAUUGAACCUUUCUGUUAUAUAAUAAUAGUUAUAAAGCUUAAUUACUUUAGGAAUGUUAUUUUUUACCAUGAGAUUUGAGGAAUGUCCUCUAGCUCAUUAGGUCAGGUAGUUAUUGUAGGAAAUUCAAAAUUAUUUUAUUAAAAGAAUUGUUAGCAAAAUCGAUUGUUACGUAGUUAAAAAAACCGUAUUGGUUUUAAGGUGUUUUUAUACAUUUGUAUUCAUUUAGAAAA